AUGUUAAAAUUGCAAGUCAGAAAUUUUCUGGCACUUGCAGCUUUGAUUUGUUUGCUUGGGCAAAGCAGAGCGGUAAAAAAUGUAAUCAGCAUGUCAGUGUCAGUCCAAGACAAAGUUCACAACGGUGGAAUUAACAGUGAAAUUAAGAAAGUGCCCAAACCUGGUCAAACAUUUGCUUUUGCUAAGCAUUUCCAAAAUAAUAUGGUGCUCCAGAAAGCACCAGCCAGAGCCAGCAUUUAUGGGUUCUCAUCUGAAAUCGGUCAGAAAGUCAUUGCCCAGAUGAGAACACCCUCACACCAGUACUAUUAUUCUACGACAGUCCAGCAAGGCCCGUCUCCAGACAUCGGUGUAUGGAGUUUCAGCCUUGAUCCAAUAGAUGCCAACAUAACUGUCAGCAUCAGUGUUCAGUCAGAGAUAGGGUUACUGGCCAUAACCAAUGUCAUCUUUGGUGAUGUUUGGCUUUGCUCUGGACAAUCAAAUAUGCAGCUUACAGUUAUUAUGAUGCUGAAUGCUUCUCAAGAACUAGCAGAUGCCACAAACUACCCAAAUGUUCGGAUCAUGACAGUAGCAGAAGAACAAUCGGACACACCUCUUCAUGACUUGAUUUCCAUCCAGGAAGAUUGGACUUCCCCCAGCAGUGCAACAAUAGGUGGUCCAGCCUGGACAUAUUUCUCUGCCGUGUGUUGGUUAUAUGGGAAAUAUAUCCAUAAGGAACUUGGCUACCCCAUUGGUUUAGUGGCCACAGACUGGGGUGGCACUCCUGUAGAGGCAUGGUCAUCCCCUGAAGCUCUUGCUGAGUGUGGAGUCACCAGCACAGACAACACUGCAAGACAACAGCCACCAGGAUAUCAAAGCUAUGUUGAUCAGCUACCUCCAGCCGAAAGAGCUAAGCUCACUGGACCUCUAAGUAACUCAGUUCUGUGGAAUGCCAUGGUGACCCCACUGCUUGGUAUGACCAUCUAUGGAGCCAUAUGGUAUCAAGGUGAAAAUGACGCAAGUGGUGCCAUGAUGAAUCGCUAUAACUGCACAUUCCCAACAAUGAUUAAAGACUGGAGAAAAAAUUUCAACAAAUUUUCAAAUGGACAAACAAGUGCUUUAUUUCCCUUUGGUUUUGUGCAGUUGGCACCAAACAGAGAUGAUCCAACAAUAUCUGUUGGGUUUCCUGAUAUAAGAUUCCACCAGACGGCUGACUGGGGUUAUGUACCAAACCGUGACAUGCCCAAUGUAUUUAUGGCUGUAGCUAUGGAUUUGCCAGAUUUCAACUCUACAUAUGGCUCUAUUCACCCAAGAGACAAAAUAGAUGUUGGCCUUAGAUUGUCUUUAUCUGGCUUGGCUGUUGCCUAUGGAAAACAAGAAGUCUUUCAAGGGCCAUUUCCUGUGAGAGGGGAAGUAUAUUCUGAUCAUUUGCUUCUGGAAUAUGGAAACUCGGCCAACUUACAGAUCAGAGACACAGAAGGCUUUGAGCUCCUCUGUGUAAAUGGUGCAGCUAAAAAAUGGGUCCCAGCAACUAUUAUAGCCUACAACAAGACAGCUAUCACUCUGAACUCAAAUGUUUGCAACCCAGGGCAGCAGCUGCUAGGUUUGCGUUACGCCUGGAGAGAGUCCCCGUGUGCCUUCAAGAAGUGUGCAGUGUAUGAAACUGUAAAUAGCCUUCCAGCACCACCAUUUGUGACCAUUAUUUCUGGUGCCACGUAUGAAAAGUUACAGUUCAGAUUUGAUGGACCUAUGCACUACUGA